CUGCCUGUGGAGUCCAUGGUGUGUGAGCCGUGGUUGGACAGGAAGCCAGGUGUAGCGCGGUGCAGACGCUCCGCUGCCCUGUCGUCUCUAAAUAUAAAGGCAGCUGUGGGCGGCCAGCUGAAGGCUGAGCAGCGAGGCAACAGCGCAGACGCUAAAACGUCCCCCACGAACAGUGUGACCUUUAGUAACCGGAUGCCGGGAUCAGCCUCCAGUAGCUGCUUUGGACCGUGGCCCAAAGAUGUGGGGGUGAUUGCCAUGGAGCUGUACUUCCCAUCCCAGUACGUAGAUCAGGCUGAGCUGGAGCAGUUUGAUGGCGUGGCAGCCGGCAAGUACACGGUGGGCCUGGGACAAGCUCGCAUGGGUUUCUGCUCAGACCGCGAGGACAUAAACUCUCUGUGCCUGACCGUGGUCCAGAGGCUGAUGGAGAGGAACGCCCUGUCCUACGACUCCAUUGGCCGGCUUGAGGUUGGCACGGAGACCAUCAUCGACAAGUCAAAAUCCGUCAAGACGGUCCUCAUGCAGCUCUUUGAGGACUCUGGCAAUACAGAUGUAGAAGGGAUUGACACCACAAACGCUUGUUAUGGGGGUACUGCUGCACUCUUCAAUGCUGUUAACUGGGUGGAGUCCAGCUCAUGGGAUGGACGCUACGCCCUGGUUGUUGCAGGGGACAUCGCUGUCUACGCCACAGGAAGUGCUCGGCCUACGGGGGGGGCCGGUGCUGUGGCCAUGCUCAUUGGGCCUAAUGCUCCUUUGGCCUUUGAAAGAGGGCUGCGGGGAACACACAUGCAGCAUGCGUAUGACUUUUACAAGCCAGACAUGGUGUCAGAGUACCCUGUGGUGGACGGCAAGCUGUCCAUUGAAUGCUACCUGAGUGCCUUGGACCGCUGCUACUCUGUGUAUCGCAACAAAAUCCAUGCCCAGUGGCAAAGAGAAGGUUCAGACAAGCACUUCAGCCUGGACGACUUUGGGUUUUUAGUCUUCCACUCUCCGUACUGCAAGCUGGUCCAGAAGUCUUUGGCUCGACUGAUGCUGAAUGACUUUCUGAACCACCCCAGCCCCAACACAGAGACAGGACACUUCGCAGGACUGGACCCCUUCAGAGACGUGAAGCCAGAGGAAACGUACUUCGACAGGGAUGUGGAGAAGGCCUUCAUGAAGGCCAGUGCAGAGCUGUUUGAGAGGAAGACCAAGCCGUCGUUGCUGAUCUCCAAUCAGAACGGAAACAUGUACACGCCCUCUGUGUAUGGCUGCCUGGCAUCGCUUAUAGCAGAACACACAGCGUCACAGCUAGCAGGACAGAGGAUUGGAGUGUUCUCCUACGGUUCAGGGUUUGCUGCAACUUUGUAUUCUCUGAGAGUCACCCAGGACCACACCCCUGGAUCUGGACUGGACAAACUUGUCUCCAGCCUGAGCGACCUGAGGGUCAGACUGGACUCCAGACAAAAAGUCCCGCCUCCAGUUUUUUCUGAAAGUAUGAAGCUGAGAGAGGAGACCCACCACUUAGCCAGCUAUGUCCCUCGAAGCUCAGUGGAGGAUCUGUUCCCAGGGACGUGGUAUCUGACACGAGUGGAUGACAAACACCGCAGAGAAUACAAGCGCAGACCAGUGGAUGAUGAGCUGCCGGCAGAGCCAGAGCUGGCUCGCUCCAGCACCGCCUCUGAGCACAUCCCCAGUCCAGUCAAGAAAAUGCCUCGCAUCCCUGGAGCCGUGGCUGGCCCUGAGGCCACCAGCAGCAAAUGAGAGCAUCAGUCUCCCGUCAGUGGCCGGACCCAACAGCGGGAAGAAGUGGACAACCAGACAGUAGUAGAGCUCAACUGAACAGCAAGACCAGCCAGAGUCAUCCUGAGUCUGUUGCAGUUGUUCUGCUGGAGACAAUCCAGAGUAAUGCCAUCCACAUCCAUCAAUCCCUGCUUCUCAACGUUACACGUUCAACUUUUUAACAGACUUCUUUCAGUGUUUUAGUUUCUUUAAACCUUUUUUUUUUUUAAAGUCCACUUUUGAAUGUAUCUCAGCUCUGCAUCAGUGCAGAUGUGAUGGUUAUGUUUGGGAGGAGAGCAGAAAACAGCCUGCAUAUCAUGCUGCCAUCGCUCAGCCAAUUUGAAUAAAUAUAAUUUAUUUUACCGCUGAUUUGGAAAAACAAAGGGAGUCAAGUGAAAGAUAUUGCCUUGGUAACGCAGCUGGUGAUGCUUUUCACUGUGAAUUCAUUACCUUUGUUUAAAGUUUUUAUUUUUUUUAUUUCUGGCUUCCAUCUUGUGACUUAGAGCAACAGACCAGGAACCGUUCUGUCUGUAAGAGGCAGAAAUCCUGCUUCAGCUGGUGGCUUUAUUCAAACUCACAUUGACUGAUGUAGCCAUGAAACCUUAAGAGCCAAUGUGUGAUGCUGCAUUGUGUAGGUGGCCAUGUUAACUUGAUCUAACAUGGUCUCCAGCUGUGAAUUAUUCCAGAAACAGCAAGAGCAGCACCAAACAGAUCAGUCAAAGACCUUCCAUGCUUUCAGCUUGCUGUUGGAUUCUUAACAUUUUAGAGACUUCUUAAAACCUGAUCACCUUUUAGUUCAAGCCAAUAUCUUUCCACAAAAUCUUAGCAUCGUGUUUCAAAGUGUCAGUGCAUUGACUACGAGGCAUGUUCUACAGUACAACACUGCUGUUAACCAGGCAAUAACAGCGUCAGCCCCCCCCCCCCGAUGGUCUUUGAGUUAGGUUUGAGUUUAGUGGACGGAAGCUGGGUUUUUAUUUUCUGCUUCUGUUCAGUUAAGCUGCUGAUUCUACUGAGGUGGAACAGCUACAACAGGACACAGGUGCAUUACCAUGUUAAAUGUUUAGUCGUCCUAUUUGAUUUAUAUAUAACCGACUUGAUUCCAAUCAAAUACUUUCAGCUUAUUCAAGUUUUCAAGGUACAUGCAGCCAAAAUUGUGCCCUCUUCUGGGCCAGAAACAAAUCAUAUCACAGCACCACUUUAAAUUUCAGUUUAGCCCCAGUAAUUGACCAAAUGCUAAAUAAAAGGCCUAAAUAAAAGGUGUGUGAUGCACAGGGCCAGGGAAGGACUGAGCAGUUGGUGCUUUGUUAAAAUGUCUGUCAGUUGCUGCAGGACAGGCGACAGCCUUGAAACGGUGCUGCAGUAGAUGGUUGCUCCAGCUCAGGACAGCUGGGAGGCUUGAUGUUAAGGUGACUUCCACUUAGAGAAGCCUUACAAUAAGCACAUGUGAAGUGCAAACUGUACAUAUUAUAAAGAUUUUCAUUCAAUAAUGUACAGAUCUAUUCUUUUAAACUAUAAACUCAAAUCGGUUUCAGAGCUGUACCAGCUUUAGUGUCAUUUUGAGUCCUCUAUUAUGUACAUGGCGUGCUUGUGCUGCCUGGCUCAGAGGUCACAUGAUCCUUUCCAGCGUUAAUGGUUGCACUCUACACGUCACGAUUAUUUAUGUCAUGUAGAUAUGAAUGUAUCAGGUUAAUUACAUCAGCUAUUUGUGUAAACAUGGAGAGUAAGAAUAAAGGAGAAUGGAACGUG